AUGGCGACUGUGUCCUCUUGCAUGCCACAAGGGAGAUUCAACCCGCUGGCUAGCAAUCCCUUCCGCACCAGGGAGGAAGUAAUUGCAGCAUGUCAUGGCCUCUUUGAACCCUUGCUACCUUUCUUCUCCCCGGGAAAAGCACGAGUACAACUGGACGCCUCAGGAUCCACCUGGGACCGUGCGGCCUGCGACCUAGAAGGCUUCUCCCGACCUUUAUUUGGCAUUGCACCUAUGGCCGCUGGGGGGGUGUCAUUUUCCUACUGGGAUCUGUAUCGAACUGGGCUACAGAACGGGACGGAUCCGUCCCAUCCCGAGUAUUGGGGCAAGGUUAUAGACAUGGAUCAGCGCCAUGUAGAGGCAGCAGCCCUCGGAUACGGCUUGAUACUCGCCCCAGAGCAUUUGUGGGACCCGUUGGAAUCAAAGUCGAAGGACCGAGUAGCAGCAUGGCUGCAAGAAAGUCGAAACACGAAACAUGCCAACAACAAUCACAAGUUCUUUCGCGUUCUCGUCGACAUGGGCCUUGAACGAGUGGGAGUCAGCGUCAAUUGGAGCCAGACGGAGGAGUAUCUGCAGGAUCUGGAAAAGUUGUAUAUAGGGGAUGGCUGGUAUCGGGAUGGAGGUGACGCCGGAGACAUGAGGCGGAUUGACUAUUACAACGCCUUUGCCAUGCACUUCUACGGUCUUGUUUAUGCUAUCCACAGGCCGCAAGACACUGCCCGUGCACAACGCUUCCGUGAAAGGGCGCGACAGUUCGCACUGCAUUUCCUCCAUUGGUUUGCCGACGACGGGGCUUGCGUUCCAUACGGCCGCAGCCUUAUCUACCGUCAUGCCGUUGGAGCCUUUUGGGGAAUCCUGGCUGUGGCUGGCGAAGAGGUUCUGCCAUGGGGCGUACUAAAAGGCCUGUACCUACGCAACCUACGAUGGUGGGGAUCCCAGCCCAUCUGUCGCCUGGAUGAUGGGCUUCUAACAUUGGGAUAUGCGUACCCCAACCAAAUGAUCACUGAGCGAUACAGCUCCACCGGCUCUUCAUGGUGGGCUAUGAAGGUAUUCGCGCCACUUAGUCUGCCUGCGGACCACCCGUUCUGGGCGGCCGAUGAGCUUCCAAUGCCCACUAGAAAGGCCGUUGUUCCAUUAUCCAUUCCCGGUAUGGUGUUUUUGCACCACCCGGGACAUACAGUUAUGCUCGUUUCAGGGCCUGGUACCUCCCUCACUAUGAGAGGAUGUCCAGAGAAGUACAGCAAAUUUGCCUACUCGUCGCGAUACGGCUUCAGUGUUGAGAGUGAUUCACGAGGAUUUCCUGUGGGGGCAUUCGAUAAUAUGAUAGCCUUCAGUGACGACAGAAAACAUUUUCGCGUACGGGAAACAUGCGACGACGUCCAGUUAGCUGGUGAUAUUCUCUUCUCCCGGUGGCAGCCAUGGCCGGAUGUUUCGGUUGAGACAUGGCUUAUUCCACAUGAGCGCUGGCAUUUCAGGGUCCACCACGUUACUAGCCCCCGGCUUCUAUGGACGACCGAAGGAGGAUUCGCGUCACCGAAAACUGAUUUUCAUGCUGAUCAACUAUUCGAGCAUGAGGAAUCUGCCUGGGUUGUGGGCGCUUCGGGGAACUUCAGUGGGAUCCUUGAUGCUUCCAACCCGCCUCGGAGAGGCCGAGUGACCUCACCACAUGGGAACACUAAUGUCAUGUUUCCAAGAACAGUUAUCCCUCAGCUACUCGGAGAGGUUACUCCCCAUUGCCCGAGGGUAUUUGCGUCUGCAAUUCUGGCGGGACCAGAUGCUUCGAACCUGAGCAACAUCUGGAUACAACCACCUCAGCUCCCGACGGUUGAGGUAUUGAGGGAGAAAGUGGCCAGGGACGGAAUACCUGUGGAGAUCGUCUCGGACGUUCUUCGGUCUCUAGUAUAA